AUGGCGAUUUCGACCUCGGCGACGCUGCCCACGCCGCUCAACGCGGACGUAGUCGCCUUCUGCCCGGAGUCUGGGCUCCACCACGUGCUCGCAUGCGGCUGCUACGAGCUCGACAACACGCAGCAGCCCGCCCGCCGGCACGGGCGACUUGCGCUCGCCUUUGUCGACCGCGCCGGGAGGCAGCUGGUGGAGACGAGCGCCGUCGAGGGCAUCGGCGUGCUCGACUGCAGCUGGCUGCAGACGUCGCGGCUGCUCCUCUCAGCCGCGACGGCGGCCUGCGACACCCGUAUCUACCAGGUCCACAAGGGUGCCGAUGGCACAGCAACGCUUGCUGAGGAGGCAUGUGCGACGAUGCCGUGUGCGGAUGCGGGCGACGCGUGCAUGGCGCUCGACUGGUCGGCCGACGCCUCCCGCGUCGCCGUGACGAGCACCGCGGGCCGCGUCUAUCUCGGCGAGUUGGGGCAGUCGUCCGGCGGCUGCAGUGGGCUGUGCGGGUCCGCGUCGUGGCGAGCGCACGAGCUCGAGGGUUGGGCCGUCGCCUUCGACCCGCGCGACUCGAACACGCUCUACACGGGCGCCGACGACGCGCAGCUCAAGCGGUGGGACCUGCGGGCGGCGGCCGACGGCGGCGAGCCCGUCGCGACGGCGACCAACCGGCGGUCGCACGGCGCCGGCGUGUGCUGCGUCUCUCCGAGCCGGCUGCGGGAGCAUUGCGUCGCGACGGGCUCGCACGACGAGAGAACGGCGCGCCUCUGGGACGUGAGGCAGCUCCGCGCGCCCGUGAGCGAGCUCGGCCUCGGGGGCGGAGUCUGGCGGCUCAAGUGGCACCCCGAGCGCGCCGACCUUCUGCUCGCCGCUUGCAUGCACGCCGGGUUCGCGGUGCUGUCGUCCGGCGGGGCGGAGGCCGCGGCCGGCAGCGAGGGGCUCUCGCUGGUCGCGCGGUACGAGGCGCACGGCCUCGGAGGCGCACUGGGCUACGGGGCGGACUGGGCGCACGGCGGGGCGCUGGCAGCCGCGACGUGCUCCUUUUACGACCGCGCGCUGCACGCGUGGACCCUCGAGGAGGUGUAG